CCCUGCCGCAGUUCUGUGCUUACUGAGAAGGCAGUGAGGACCCACCAUGGGUGGCGCGGGAAGCCUGUGGCCUUGGAUGUUAACUUUGCUCUCCUUGCCAGGUUUGAUCCCAGGAGCACCCUCAGCAUCCAGAUGUUCAGGAGUCUGCAGUACCAGUGUCCCAGAAGGCUUCACUCCUGAGGGAAGCCGGGUAUCUCAGGACAAGGACAUCCCCGCAAUUAACCAAGGGCUCAUCUCAGAGGAGACUCCAGAAAGCAGCUUCCUGGUAGAAGGGGACAUCAUUCGGCCAAGCCCCUUCCGAUUGUUGUCAGUGACCAAUAAUAAAUGGCCCAAGGGUGUUGAUGGCAUUGUGGAGAUCCCCUUUCUGCUCUCCAGCAAGUACGAUGAACCCAGCCGCCAGGUCAUUAUGGAGGCCUUUGCCGAGUUUGAACGUUUCACGUGCAUCCGGUUUGUUGCCUACCGUGGCCAGAGAGAUUUUGUUUCUAUCCUUCCUAUGGCAGGGUGCUUCUCUGGUGUGGGACGCAGUGGAGGGAUGCAGGUGGUAUCCCUGGCACCCACUUGUCUCCAGAAGGGCCGGGGCAUUGUCCUACAUGAACUCAUGCACGUGCUCGGCUUCUGGCAUGAGCAUUCUCGGGCAGAUCGGGACCGCUACAUCCGAGUGAACUGGAACGAGAUCCUCCCAGGCUUUGAGAUCAACUUCAUCAAGUCUCAAAAUAGCAAUAUGUUAGCUCCCUAUGACUACUCGUCAGUGAUGCAUUAUGGGAGGUUUGCCUUCAGCUGGCGUGGGCAGCCCACCAUCAUACCACUCUGGACUUCCAGUGUUCACAUUGGCCAGCGAUGGAACCUGAGCACCUCAGAUAUCACCCGGGUCUGCCGGCUGUACAACUGCAGCCCAAGUGUCCCUGACUCCCAUGGGAGAGGGUUCGAGGCCCCCAGUGAUGGGAGAAGACCCACUCCUGCCUCUAUAUCACAUCUACAAAGACUUCUGGAGGCACUGUCAGAAGAAUCUAGAAGCUCUGCCCCCAGUGACUCUGGGACUGGAGGCCAGGGUAUUAUUGCUGGGCUUGUAGACAGCCAGCAAGGAUGGGAACACCCUGCUCAGAGCACAUUCAGUGUGGGAGCCUUGGCAAGACCACCUCAAAUGCUGGCCGCUGCUUCAAAAUCGAGGCCUGGAGCAGGUGCAGACAGCAUUUCUCUAGAGCAGUUCCAGCCAGCCCAGGCACCCGCUGUACCUCCUGUUUCAUUUCCAGAUGCCAGAGACAAGCCAACACCUAUCCAAGAUGCCUUUGAGAGGCUAGCUCUGCGUCCAGGAGGCUGUGCACCUGGAAGUCACAUCAGAGAGGUGCCCAGAGACUGAGCCUGUAAACUUCUGUCCCCAAGCGGAGAGGUAUUCUGCCCAAAGCAGCUAGGUCUUCUAGUCCUUGGCCCCUCUCGGUAUCACCCCUGUCUUCUGUCCCCUGCACUGGCUACUCUUGGAGGUCCAGGUCACUCCAUUGGUCUCUUCUGCACAAUAUACCCCCUUCUCUGCAGAGUUCCUAGGUAUAGAAAGGCCCUAGGGGCUUUUCCUGACUUGAGUCUCCUAGCCUUGGAGGAUGGAAGAUGGAAGAUGGUUGGCAUGGAGACAGGAUCCUGAGGGUGGCCAUCAAGACCCAGGUUUCAGCCUUGAAGACUUCUGGACUUGAGGACUAGCUCCCGGCAUGGACUUGAGUGCUGGUUUGGGCCUGGACCUCAGUGGGAAGCUCUGUGGCUGGGACCCUGAAUAUCCUGCUGUCCAUGAUGCCUGGCUCUAAAGAUGGCCUAAAGCCCUGGGAUUAAGCCCUGUUCUCCAGGAUGCAGAGAGCCCACCUUGUUCUCCUACUAAGCUGGACUAGCAAGAGGUGGCUCCUGACCAGCUUUGCAUGGUGGAGGCCUUGGCAAGACCAAGGCCUUGGACAGCAGCCUUGAACCUUAGUCCCACAUCAGAUCACUGUUUUGCCCACUUGAAGUCAUCGAGGGGCAGAUGUCCAGAUGUCACACUACUUGUUGUCCUUCAGCCAUGCCACAUUCUUUCUUGAUCUUCCAUGAGGUUUCUUCUAAGAACAAAGCAUGUAGGUGCGAGGGUCAGGCCAGGAGCCCUUCAUUCUCCAGGAGCCUGUUGGGAGGCCAGGGGAGCCCUGCUUGGGCUAAGAGGGGAACAAGGACCUUGACCUAGUGAGGAAGGGUGCUUCAUUCUAUAUGGGAAAGGGCAGAAAUAAAGUUGGGUUUGCUUCAU